GAUUUUUAUGUACUGAUGUGGUAAUUUGCUGCAAGAUAUGAAUUUGAAAUGGAUUUGGUGAACAUUCCAUGGUAAAUAUCCUGGUCCGAGAAUAUCCGAUCUUAGCAUGGAUCGGGUUACACACAACUAGGACCCCGCAUGAGUUGCCGAAUCAAUAUCCAAACCUCGCAAACGAUGGGCGUGCGAGGUUUGUUAACACUGGUACACGACAACAAGGAAGUCCUUCUUCGUGAUUUUGAACUUCAUGACACUCUACUCAUCAUUGAUGGCUCGAAUCUGUUCCCCUUCUUAUACGACUUUUAUCAUGUGCCAGGCGAGUAUGGUGGCGACUAUGACAACUAUGCGAACAAGUGUAAAACCUUCUUCACCAAUCUCCGGGCGUGUAAGGUGGAGCCGUAUGUUGUCCUGGACGGUGGGUAUGAUCCAGAUAAACGAAAUUGGAACACUGCGGUUCAAGUUCAACGUAAGGCGUCUAGUAGAGAGCCCGCUGGUCUGAUAUGUGAGAACGGCCCUGAAGCAACAGAGGAACAUGUUCUUCCGUUUCUAUGUCACGAAACUUUCCAACAUGUCCUGCGUGAGCUUCAGAUACCACAGGUCACGUGUCCAUAUGAGGCAGACAGAGAAAUAGCAGUGUUGGCCAAUAAGUGGAAAUGCCCAGUUCUAAGUAAUGAUUGCGAUUUCUUUAUUUUCAAAUUGGAAGAUGGAGUUAUACCUCUCGAAUAUGGUAGGACAUGUUUUAUCGACAUGACAUUGCGGCUACAUUCCAAGACGGUACAAUCUAGCUUGCUUGAACCAGAGGCUUUACCAACCGACCAGGAAUAUACAUACAUCGCUGUUAAGCAUUACCACUACAGUCGUUUAAUUGAGAGAGUAUGUGGGCCUUGGGGGUUUCUACCAAUUUUCGCUACAUUUAGUGGUAAUGGUUAUGUAGAUAAAACCCAUUUGAAGGCUUUCUACAGAGCGAUAUCCAAGCAGUAUAAGGAUGAACCUCUAAACCUGAGGGCAAAGGCUCGAAUGACGUCAAUAGUCCAUUGGUCAAUGGGCGUAGAAUUGGAUGAAAGCGCUAUUAAAUACGUAUUGCAACAUUUAGUACACCUAUCUUCCGGUCAGAAAUCGGAACUGCGAGCCGCCAUUCGAUACUCCAUAGAUAGUUAAACAAACAUCGCAGAUUUCGCUACCAUGGAUGUGGGAAAAGUUCUUCAAUGCGGACACAAGUUGCAUAUCAAAACUUGAUCUUGGAACGAUAAGUGACUACGUCACUAAAAAUCCAUUGCCAGUGCCUUAUCCGGAGAUGUUAAGAACCUGCAAAAUGGCGGGAUCAUUCAUGCAGAAUGUGGUUGUGAACCACAGAGUGAGUUUUGAUUGCCAGAUUGAACACUUGGCUGAACCUUCAACGUAUGUUUGCUCCAGAUAUAUUAGAAGUGCCCUGUAUGGCUUGACAACGUCAUUCAGCAGGCCAAAAUCUAAAGACUCUAAAGUCAAGACAGACGAUCUAGUCGACUUACAAGGCACAAGGAAAAGUUGCAUCGAAGAAAGCGACAGACAGAAAGGUGAUAGGAUGAAGGUCUACAUUAAGCCUACGACGGAGGUUUCUUACGGAUCUCAACUUUGAAAGUUCCAUCGUUGCAAAAUGUCCCAGAAACAACCGUAGAGGAGAGGCAAAACAUCAUGUUUGGCACUUUAAGACUGAAUUCUGAAUUAACCGAAUUCAUCUCUAGCAUAUUUUAUUGCACGCUGAGGUUAUUGUUGAAGUUAUAAAAAGGAAUCCCGAUGCAAGUGAAACAGUCAAUCUACCAUGCUUGGUUCCAAGUAUCGAAAACGCAAUUAAAACACAAGGUUACGAUCGGGUAAUUGAGUUUGCUAGUAAAAUGUCUACUCACCGAAACGCACGUACUGAUCAAGCAUCAUGGGGAAGCAAAGAAACCAAGAUAAUUCACGGCUUCUCACAGUUACAGACCUGCUUCCUGAGCGCACUGUACCUAAAUCAGGCCCUGAUGUCACCAGUUGACCUCCCCAGCCCUAGCGUUCUCUUCAAUUGUACGUUCAUGUACAACGUUUGCAGGAGCCUUGACACAUCUAAAAACACUGAUUGUUCAGACAACCUUUGCAAGAGUCUUGAUGCAUAUAAAAUCACUGAUUGUUCAGACAACCUUUGCAAGAGUCUUGAGACAUCUACAACCACUGAUUGUUCAGACAACCUUUGCAAGAGUCUUGAGACAUCUACAACCACUGAUUGUUCAGACAACCUUUGCAAGAGUCUUGAGACAUCUACAACCACUGAUUGUUCAGACAACCUUUGCAAGAGUCUUGAGACAUCUACAACCACUGAUUGUUCAGACAACCUUUGCAAUAGUCUUGAGACAUCUACAACCACUGAUUGUUCAGACAACCUUUGCAAGAGUCUUGAGACAUCUACAACCACUGAUUGUUCAGACAACCUUUGCAAGAGUCUUGAGACAUCUACAACCACUGAUUGUUCAGACAACCUUUGCAAGAGUCCUGAUGCAUAUAAAAUCACUGAUUGUUCAGACAACCUUUGCAAGAGUCUUGAGACAUCUACAACCACUGAUUGUUCAGACAACCUUUGCAAGAGUCUUGAGACAUCUACAACCACUGAUUGUUCAGACAACCUUUGCAAGAGUCCUGAUGCAUAUAAAAUCACUGAUUGUUCAGACAACCUUUGCAAGAGUCUUGAGACAUCUACAACCACUGAUUGUUCAGACAACCUUUGCAAGAGUCCUGAUGCAUAUAAAAUCACUGAUUGUUCAGACAACCUUUGCAAGAGUCUUGAGACAUCUACAACCACUGAUUGUUCAGACAACCUUUGCAAGAGUCUUGAGACAUCUACAACCACUGAUUGUUCAGAAAUAUUCGAUUUGGAUUCCCCGCUGCAUGCUUUGUUUACGUUGUGGAAAUCUGCUGUCAAAUCAUCCGAGCCCGAAAAGUCUAAAGACGGUGCUGCCCGGGGCCAUAAGGCAGUUGACAAGAAAAUAAAAAUCAAGCGAUCCAAACACGGGAAAUAA